UAAAGGAGCUGCUGCCGGCCCGUGUUCAUUGUGCCGAAGAAGCGCAGAAUAGAAAACAGACGAGUAUAAAAAUAGUUAAUCGCUUGGUCUGGAGUGAUGUUUCGAUAGACUGCCGGGUUGUAAGGAUGUACAAGAUGUUGCAGAGGUAGAACAUCUUCGACUGUUGACUUUUACCGUUUGCAUCAGGACAAGUAGAGUACCGCUCUUGCUGGUAAAUGAGUGAUGAAGAAGAAGAUGAUGCAGUCCUCCUAUAGGAAAGGUCUACAAGUGUGUUUACUCCUGCUGAUGGUGGAAAGACUCCAGGGCAGGGUAACAGCACCAGAGCGUUUGGAAGCUCCGGUAGAGAAGCCCUUCACUCUUACUUGCAGUGUCUCGAGGGAACGAGGUGAGUUUCUGAGGCAGGUGCGCUGGCUGGAUGUCAAAAACCAGACCCUGCUGACCUACCAACCCGGCAACAGAGACAGCGUGAGCGGACAGCAGCACGUGGAGCUCGCCUCUUCCCCUAAAGACUCCUCAGCCAUCACCAUCCGCAGGGUGGGUUUCCGUGAUGAAGGCUGCUACACCUGCAUCUUUGACAUGAAUCCUUCUGGGUCAAAGCAGGGACUGACGUGCCUCACGGUUACCGCUCAAGUCAUGGGUGAAAGUAACAAGACAGCAGUGAGUGGCAAGAAGGCCUCCCUGUCGUGCUCCUACGCUUUGCCUGAGAAGGUUCAACAGGUCACAUGGAAACAGACGUCAGCAAAAGGGGACUCCACAGAGGUGGCUUCCUUCGCGAAGCGCAGCGACCCCAUGAUAGAGCCACCGUUCCAGGGGAGAGUCUGGCUGAGUGCCUCCCUGUCAGAUAGUCAGCUCACCAUCCAGCCGGUCUCUAACCAGGACGAGGGCUGCUACACAUGCCUGUACAACACACAUUCGGACGGACCCAAGAUGUCCACAGUUUGCCUCGUCACCUACGUGCUGCCCAAACCUCAGGUGAGCUACAAAACCACCUCUCCCGGUGUGAUCGAAGCCAACUGCACCUCGGUGUCGCGGCCCCCAGCAGAGAUCGUGUGGAACGUGGAACGGGAUAACCGCACCAUGGGCCCCCCCGUGACAACACUGCUCCCGCAGGGCGACGGGACCACUCUGGUCAUCAGUACGCUGACUGUCCAAUCGGGGCUGCUGAAAGACGUGUCCAUCAAAUGCUUGGUGCACCACAAAGGGCUCGAGUCACCGAUUGCUGUAUCCAUGAACACUAAAAUUGGGACGGCUCUCACCAUCUUGAUCUCUGUCACUACGGCGGCUUCCCUGCUGGUCAUGUCCCUCUGCUUCUGCCUUUGGAAGUGUUUCUUGCACAAAGAAGCUGAUUAAUGUCUCAGAUGAGACCAGAGACUGAUAAGAAGGGGCAGUGUUUCUCAAAGCCAACUUUGCAGAAUUGUUUCCCUGCUUCAUGAUCAUCAUCGUCAUCAUCAUCAUCAUCAUCUUGGCACAAAGGGAAGACAUUCUGACACACAUCUAUUGGAUAUCCUAUUUAUGAAUGAAAACUGUGCAUUAUGUAUGUUAUACUGUCGCUGACUCUUACAUCAUCUCCAAACUGCACACACAUUAAGUCAUCAGGGAAACAGUUUCUCUCUGACUCUGUAAGUGAUUGAGUCGAUGGCCCAGUCUCCACGACACACCCAAUAGCAAGUUAAAGUCCAAAAUUGUCCUUUAAAUACUUCCCUCUUUGUCCACCUUUUUCCUGGAUACAGAUGUGUGGUAAAAUUGUAUUUUCCUUAUUCAACAGAUCCGAUAAGAAAACAAAAACCAACAACAAACUCAUUAUAUAACAACCAUUAUAUGUAUAGCCAGUCUAAUGUAGCAUGGCCCUACCUUUAUAUCCAAAAGCGCUUAACAAAAACUCACUAUGAGCUACAGGACGCACCAGGACGAGAACAUAAGCACAGUCAUUUAUUACACAGCUGAAAUCCCUCCUCAACAAAUGUCCUGUUUACCCCAGUUUUCAGUAAAGUUGUAAAAACCUUCUUUUCCAGUGAAUUAGUAAAUGGUUAUUUCAAUUAAAACUCACAUCUUAGUUACAUUAGUUCCCUGACAAACUAAUAUUGUGGAGGUCUAUUCUUUGUUGCAAUGUUUUUAAUUAAAUAGAACAGAAAUGAAGCACAUGCUGAGCCUUAGCCUUUAAGUAACAACUCCUGUAUAUUUCCAAAGCUGGAGGAGGUCUUGUUCAACUCAGAAGACGGCAUACUUAAGUAUUGUUUGUGUAAUAUCUAUUGCAUACUCUUCUACGUGUUCCGAUGUGUGUGUGUGCGUGCGUGUGUGUGUGGGCGCUCAUGCCUUAGGGGUUGAAUUCUGUGGUCAAGUAGCUUGAAUCAAUUUCCUGCAGAAGCAAAACAGAAACCCUUCUGGUGCCCCUGAAAGGAAUGCAUGUCCUGCUACAUGUCUACAGCGCAGCGUGAGGGAAACUCAUGUGUGUGAAAAUGUGAGUGCGAGUCAACAGGUUGGGGUUUGAAGAAUUGGAUCAUGGGUUUGAAAUUGUUUAAAUGCCAUUCAUACUUUGCUCUGGAUCAAAGUGGCACCUAAAUAUUAUAUCAUAUUUGCGUCUGUACACAACAAUAUAAGCUUGAUGCUGAAAUAUUCUUGCAUAUCAAAGCAUAUGAAUGAAUGACAUGCUGGUUAUCAGAUUUCAAACUUAUUGCUUCAGUCGGGCUCAUCACAUUCCGCACCAUUAACAAAACUUUAGCAAGGGUUUAAAGUUCAGAGCUUACAUUAGAAUAAUUGUCAAUGUAUUUCAAAACAUUUGUUGAGAGUCACGUCAAAGGAGACAAAAAUGAAAUGAUGCAUAAUGAUUGACAACGUAAAGUGUAUGUAAUGAUUGUAACAAAUAUAUGAAAAUAAAUAUUUGAAUUUUUGAAACUUUAUCCAAUUAAAAUCUUGCGUCGCCA